AUGACGGCGUGCAAGCGGGUGGCGAAGGAGCUGGAGGAUCUGCAGAAGGACCUUCCCCACUACCUGCGGAACCUGUCCAGCGAUGACGCAGAUGUCCUGGUGUGGCAUGUCCUCCUUCUGCCCGAGAGGUCGCCCUACAACCUCAGGGCCUUCAACGUGCGCAUCAGCUUCCCCGAGGACUAUCCGAUGAGUCCCCCCAUGGUGACAUUCACAACCAAGAUCUACCACCCCAGCGUGGGCGAUGAUGGACAGGUCUGCCUACCCAUCAUCAGCCACCAGAACUGGAAUCCUUCUACCAAGGCCUACCAAGCCUUGAAGGCCCUCAACGAGCUGGUGAAUGAGCCGAACCUGGCGGAGCCCCUGCGCCUGGAGCUCGCCGACCUGCUGACGCUGAACUCGGAGAAGUUUUACAGUGACGCUGAGAAGUUCACCCUCCAGUUUGGAGUACCCCGGCCCACCUAG